CGUGCAGUGGUGCUUGUAGCCUGCCCUGAACACACACACACACACACACACCUAUACAUACACACACACACACACACACACACACACGGUUGUCCGCACAAAACAGGCUAAGAAACAACAAACCCAAACAUCAUAUUCCAGGACUUCACGUACACCGCUGUUCUCUAGAGAAAGCCCGAAGGAGACUGAGAUAAGGUGGGCUCUCUGCUACCUGUUUGCCCUGGUAACAUCUUGCCAUGCCCUUCCCUUUUGGUAAGUCUCACAAGUGUCCAGCGGACAUUGUGAAGAAUCUAAAAGACAACAUGGCCAUUCUGGAGAAACCGGACAUUUCAGACAAGAAGGCCGAGAAGGCUUCUGAAGAGGUGUCCAAAUCUCUGCUGGCCAUGAAGGAGAUUCUCUACGGCACGAAUGAGAAGGAGCCGCAGACAGAAGCCGUGGCUCAGCUCGCUCAGGAGCUCUACAACAGCGGCCUGCUCAGCAUCCUCGUCGCAGAUCUGCAGCUCAUCGACUUUGAGGGUAAGAAAGAUGUGGCGCAGAUCUUUAAUAAUAUUCUGAGACGCCAGAUCGGCACACGGACCCCUACAGUCGAAUACCUGUGCACUCAACAAAAUAUACUCUUCAUGCUGCUUAAAGGUUACGAGUCUCCAGACAUCGCUCUGAACUGUGGGAUCAUGCUGAGGGAAUGCAUACGGCACGAGCCGCUGGCCAAGAUCACCCUCUGCUCCGAGCAGUUCUACGAUUUCUUCAGAUACGUGGAGAUGUCCACCUUCGACAUCGCCUCGGAUGCAUUUGCCACUUUUAAAGAUCUGCUGACGAGACACAAACUGCUCAGCGCUGAGUUUCUGGAGCAGCACUAUGACAGAUUCUUUAGUGAAUAUGAGAAACUUCUUCACUCCGAGAACUAUGUGACUAAGAGGCAGUCGCUAAAGCUUUUGGGAGAGCUGCUUUUGGACCGGCACAACUUCACUAUAAUGACAAAGUACAUAAGCAAACCAGAUAACCUCAAACUCAUGAUGAACCUACUGAGAGACAAGAGCCGCAACAUCCAGUUUGAGGCCUUUCAUGUAUUUAAGGUGUUUGUGGCCAAUCCGAACAAGACCCAGCCAAUCCUCGACAUCCUGCUGAAGAACCAGACCAAACUCAUCGAGUUCCUCGGCAAAUUCCAGAACGACCGCACCGAGGACGAGCAGUUCGGCGACGAGAAGACCUAUCUCAUCAAACAGAUCCGAGACCUCAAGAGGCCAACCCCGCAGGACGCUUGAGAAGGCCCACGAUUGUAUACCAAUGCAUGGAGGACGUCUAGACAGUCUUUAAGGCAGCGUCUAGACGGUGUUUGGCUCUCUGGGACGUUGAGUGGCCGCAGCGCUGGGCAUGUUUUUGUCUUUUGCAGGAAGCGUUAAAUGCCGUUUGAGCUCGGUGGGCGAGAAAUAUGAAGACAAGGAUGAAAAGUAGUCUUGCUUCGCUGGACAUUCAACCUCUCCCCCUACAAUGUUUUGUUCUCAUGUCUCAAAAAAACGAGCUAAAUGAACCGAAAACAUGGAUGUUGAUGCUGCUGCUUUAUUGCACAUAAAGAAGGAGGGUUUUGUAACUCAUACACAAACGUACACUCAAAUGUCUGUUGAUGCUUAUUGGAUGUUAAUGACAUGCAAAAAGCACUUAAACACACUCCUGUCAGCUCUUUUGCUCAUUGUCGACUAAGUGAAAAAACGCAAAUGUGACGCAUAAAUCAUGCUUUGCACAUUUCACUUAUCCCUUUUGAGUGAACGUGUACAUAGGCUUUUUCAUCUUUAAAGUUUCUACCAGUGUUGACUGAGGAGGGUUUAGUGAUUUGUUAGAGUCGUGACUGUGAUGUUGAACCUGAUUUAACUCUUUCCAUUCUUCUCUCAUCGUUAGUCACUGUGCAGAGUGGGUGGAAAGGAACGUUCUUUUGUCUGCUUUGUGUGAUUGUGACCUUUAAAGGUUUGUGCUCUGAUUAUGAUUUCUAAUACUAAUUUCAGUAUAACUAACCCCACUACUCAUACCUUUUAGUUAGUUUAUAUGUAAAAUUGUCCCUUGUUUGGAUAAUUGGAUGAGUUCAUGGGUGAAAUCUCACAAAUAAACAUGUCUAGGUCACAUCUCACCCCAAAAUCAAAAAAGAAUAUAUAUUUUGAGAUGUUCCUCUCAAAAGUUCUCCUUACUUUAAAGUAUCUGGUCUUUUAUUUUUUCCGAAGUAAUUUUCAUAAGUGUUUUUUUUUUUUUUUUUUUUUUUUUUUUUUACUUAAAUUAAGUUUAUUUUCAUUACUCAUUUACAUAAGUAAAAAGUCUGCACAGGUACUAAUAUAUUUUAAACAAAUAUAUACAAUAUACACAAUUAUUUAAAUAUAUAAAUAUACUUAUUUACAGACUUUUGUAAAUUGUGCAUUACCGAAAUUGUUGCAUAAUUGUCAUCUUAGAAAUCUUUAAUUGUGUAACCACAAACAAACUAUGAUUUCAUAUAUCUGUCUUUUCAAUUUGGGAUGAAAUGUGACCUGGUCAAAUUAUUUUACUGGUUUUUGACUAAAUUCACAAGCUUAUCUUCCUUUUGAGUAGGUUUUUAUUUGGGGGAAAAAGCAUGUGGGACGUUAUAAGCAGCAGACUAAUCGGAAAUGGUUGGACGUAGAGAAACAGCUCAUAUUAGCACCUGAUUGUGGCUGCUGAGAGGAAAUUGGAGAAGUCAUGUCCUUUAUGAAUGUUUUAUUUAGGUUUGUUUUAGCAACAGUGCAGUGGUUGAUGGGGGUUGUCAUGUAAUACUUUGAAUCUGUUGAAUGAAUGAAAAACCACACAGAACUGAAAAUGAGUUGGAGGGUUUGGUUGAUCAUUUUCGAGUUAUGGUUGGCAUUUCUGCUCUCUUACUCACAAGACAGCCACAAUCAUCUACCAUGAAACCCACCAUUUCUUCCCUAAACGAAACCAGGUGUUAUUCAUAAUGGUAACUCUUACUCCUUUUCAAUGCAGAACUAAAAGAUGUUCUACCGAAUGUUUACAGUACUGGUCAGAAUACCAGGGAUUGACUUAACAGUAUUUUAUUUUAGUGAUACCAUACCUACAAUAAACUUUACGUAGUUUAAAGAUGUACAAUUUUCAUUUUUCAGUCUCAGCAUAUACUGUUUAUGUGGUGACUGGCAACUCACCAUUGGUUGGCACAUGUAACAACAGCCAAUCACAGUCAUCUUGUAUGCCUGACAUCAUAAUGGCCCAGAGCAUUAGGAAUUCAGAGAAUUAGCAAGUUUAUCUUGCAUAUCAGUGCAUGUUUUUAUUUUGCAGCCUUAGAUGAAGCAUGGACGUCUAACGGACGGCUGGAAACCUCUCGGCCUGCUGUCUGUUCAGUUAAACAGUCCAAUCUAACCUAUGUAGACCUGGCCCAAGUAAUAAGACUUGGGCACAAAAACGGUGGUGUUUCAUCUGAUAUGUCAACCAGACUAACAGUUGGAAAUAAAGUUUGGAAUAAAAUUG